UGUUUUCUGUGAUCCGUCCUGGGCGGUCGUGCAGAUAAAUGUUUGAAAUGUAAAACAUGGAGCUGCUGCACAAACUGCGUGGAUCCAUAUUCAUAUCAUAAACACACUACAAUCCCCACGGGGAGCUUCUUAUCACCUGUAAACUUACCCAGCUGAGUCAGCUCUGUUUACCUCUGCCUCUGGUGGGACUCCUGACCUCUCAGGAUCGGUGAUGUAACGUUAACUAGUCCGUCUAGGUUAACGUUGCCUCAGGAAGAAAACCAUGUUUUUUUUUGUUGUGGCCAUUGUCAGUUUUUCCUUAACGUCGGCUCAGACUGAGCCGGUUGUGGACUCCUCAUAUGUUGCUGCUGUGUACGAGCACAACUUAAUCCUGAACCCGGAGCCUCACGUCCCCCUGUCCCGCCGCGCCGCCCUGCAACACAUGAAGAGAAACCUGGACAUCUACGAGGAGCAGGCUGUCCGGGCCGCUCAGCAGGGUGCCCAGAUCCUCGUGUUUCCAGAAGAUGGUAUUCAGGGAUUCAACUUCAGCCGUUCAUCAAUCUCUGGCUACCUAGAAACCAUUCCUGACCCCCAGCAGGAGAGCUGGAACCCCUGCACAGAACCGGGCAAAUACAAUAACACUGAGGUUCUCCAGAGGUUGAGUUGUAUGGCCCGUCGUUAUAAUCUCUACUUGGUGGCCAACAUGCCUGACCUGCAGCCCUGCCCCCUGAAGACUGACCCCUCCUGUCCCUCUGAUGGACGCUGGCAAUUCAACACCAACGUGGUUUUCAGCUCAGAUGGCCUGCUGGUGGCCCGUUACCACAAGUACAAUCUUUACUUUGAGAUGGCCUUUGACACUCCACCACAACCUGAGAUCAUAACAUUUGAUACACCUUUUGCUGGGAGGUUCGGCCUCCUGACCUGCUUUGACAUACUCUUCCAUGAGCCCACAGUCACCCUGGUGAAGAAGGGUGUACGUCAGCUGAUCUUCCCCACAGCAUGGAUGAACCAGCUCCCCCUUCUGGACACAAUCCAGUUUCAGCGGGCAUUCAGCUUGGGUGCCAACGUCACCCUGCUAGCAGCCAACAUCCGUAACAACCAACUGAUCAUGACAGGAAGUGGCAUCUACACCCCUUUUUCUGCCACCUAUCACCACGCCAAGCAAGGAGACCUAGAGGAGGGCAGGCUGCUGGUGGCUAGGGUGCCAGUUUUAGACCCGCUGUGGGUGGAGCAGGGUGCAGCCAAAGAGGAGGAGGCACUUACUGAUGAGUUCACAUCAUCUACCUCUACAAACAAUGAAUACUGUCACAAAGAGAACUGUUUUGAUUCUCCUCCUCCUGAAACUGCUUCUUCAGCCCCUUCCUCCUCCACCACCUUCAUCUCAUCCAUGAUGUACGAUCCAUUUACAUUCGUGCUCCUAAACGAGACAGAAGGUGACGUGGAGGUGUGUAAUGGCAGCUUUUGCUGUCACCUGCAGUACCGGCGGUUAACACAGAGCAGCAGUAAAGAGCUCUACGCUUUGGGAGCAUUUGCCGGAACACACACUGUGAACGGACGCUACGCCCUACAGGUGUGUGCACUAGUCCGCUGUGAACGGAUGGAUGUCACUUCCUGUGGACAGGAGGUAGAAGAGGCUAAGACUAAAAUGGACUUCACGUUGGAAGGGAAGUUUGGGACCAGACAUGUGUAUCCAUCGGUUUUAGCUAGCAAUCAUGUCCUGGAGGAGCCAGAGCACCUGGAAUUUGCUGCAGAUGGCAGAGUGAUCAUGAAACACUCAAACAUGAGUAGUGGGCUGGUCACUGCCUGUCUGUACGGACGAAUGUAUCACCUGGACAAUGAAUGAACUGCUUUGGAAUAGAUGUGUGUGUC